AUCCCUUAUACUAAUACUAAACAAUCUAAGAAAAACAAUAUGUCGACCGAUGAGAUCAAGGAUGAGAAGAACCCCAGGCCACAUGAAAUCAAGGGCGACAAGAACUUCAGGCCACUCAAUGAAGACGAGAUUGCUCACCUUAAAACUUUUGGAUUGGGACCCUAUUUGACCAGCAUCACAAAAGAAGUAAAGACUGUAAAGGAUAUGGCCAAAAGGCUCAAUGAUUUAUGUGGUAGUUUGGAGUCAAACACUGCCACACCUUGCCCUUGGGAUCUUGUCUUUGAUAAACAAAUGAUGCAGGUGGCUAGAUGCACAAAGAUAAUUAUUCCAAACACAAAAGAUGCAAAGGUAUGUAAUUGCAACAUCUACAGAAGCUUGCAGUUCAAUCUUCAUGAGACCAGAUUUAAGGGUAGUAUACACUCCCAAAAGUCAAAGUCCAUCGUUUACAGCCAAAAACACAAUGCUUUAAGAUGUCGUAAGAGGUGAAAGACACCAUUUGAUAUAUUCAAAAGAAUAAGGAGCACAUGAGGAUGCGUUAAAUCUCAAUGUCAAGAAGGAGAUUAGGCAGCAAGAUAGGCAUUUUACAUUUGGCGGUUUUAGUUCCUUUUUCAGGUUCUGGUUAUGCAGUUGUUUUGAUACAUACUACACUUGAACCUUUGUUUUCAAUCUGCUUUGUACCUUGGAUUCACAUGUAAUUAGAAUGGGAUUUUGUUUGAUAAAGAAUUCUGUUUCAGUU